GAAACACAAGUAACUAGGUAGUAGUCCAUGUGUUUGGUUGAGUUGAAUGACCAAGAACACUCCUCGAACACACUUCUCAUUCUCAACUCCAUUUUCUAUCAGAUCCUUUUUUUGCAUAAACAAAAACACACAGAUUAAUUAAAAAAAAAUGAUUUAAUCGAUCUGAAAAACUGAAGAAGAAAAAAACGUUGUGAAGCACUAUCACACUUUCCAUUUCUACAAUCCUAAAACCCUAGAAAUAGAAAUCACCAUCCAAAUGUAACGCACCUUCAACAAUGGACCUUUCUUCUGGUCUCGCAAAAUUCAGUAACUCCUUCUUCAUAUUCUUCAUUUUCAACUUCUCCUUCGUAGCUUCUAAUUCACCUUUCAAAACCACCUAUGAUCGUCUCUGCAACACUGUGGUUCCCGCAUCAUCGGCGCCGAUCGAUGCCAAAACUGUCCCCGGUGUCGCGGAAUCUCUCCGGUUUCAGUCCGGUUACUUCUCCGGCGGAGAUCCACUUUUCAACCGAUCCGCCGACUCAAAGCGCAUGUCGUUUCGUGUUAACUCCGUUCGGAGAACCACGGGCGACGACGGCGUGCAUGAAUUGCAGGGGAUGGUGGUUCUCCGGCAGCGAGGAGGAGGUGUGGACCCCACUCGGAAUAGGUCGUUGAUUAGGGUUUAUCCAGGACGAAGAGUUUCGCGUUGGAAAGUUUCUCAGAUGAUGCGCGUUUCUCUCAAUGGUUUUUGGUCACAAUCUUCUGGUAAGCUUUGUAUGUUUGGAACAGGAUCUUAUGGUAAAAAUAGUAACAUGCCAAAUGUUAAUGUUAAUGUUAAUGUUGUUCUUAAGCUUCGUUUUCCACAUGAUGUCACGCUUUUGGAUAGUUUGAUUAAUGGAACUAUAGAAAGCUUUGAUGAUAUGAAUAGCUUGCAUUAUUUUGAACCCAUUUCGAUAUUGGCUUUAUCUCAGAGUUCAGAUUACAAAUUUAGGAACAACAAUGAGAAUGGUUGUGUAGCUGGUUCGGGUGAGGAGAGUUUGAACCUUGGAAAUUUGAACCAUGGUGCAUGCACUGUGUUUAGUAGGCAUGUGGAUAGGUUUGAACUUGAAUAUGGGAGUCAUUGUCAUAAUGUUAGUUGCAAUCCACUUGGUGCUGUCGGUGGUGUUGAAAAGUCGCCUGAUUUCAUGCAUUUCUAUGGAACUCGGUGCGUGGAGAAGCGGAAGGUUCAGAUGCUGUUGGCUUUUCCUCACUCGGUUUACGGUGAUUAUGGGUUUCCGUUUGAUCCGAAUACAACGUUGAUAGCUGAGGGAGUGUGGGAUGAGAAGGAGAACCGGCUUUGUGCAGUUGCGUGCCGGAUUUUGAACUUCACUGAAUCUCCUUAUGUUGGUGAUUGCUCGAUUAAGCUCACAAUGAGAUUUCCUGCUGUGUUGUCUUUGAGAAACAGGAGUACUGUUUUGGGCCAGAUAUGGAGUGAGAAACUUGUUGGUGAAUCUGGCUACUUUGGUAGUGUUGGAUUUGAGGGUAACUGGAAGUUAUCAAGAGGUUUCCCUGGUUUACAAUACAAGUAUACUGAAAUUGACAGAGUAAGAAAAUCUUGUGCAGAAAAGAUUACUGCUAGAGGAAAAGGAAAGUAUCCAGAUGGAUAUUCUUCUGAUACAGCAUUUAGCAUGUUAGUGACAAACAGUCAAGGACAAGUAGCUCAAGGUCGCUCGUCCCCGCUGUUUGUUGGUGAUCAAAGUUACGACGGGCGGCCUUAUGGUGUUUCAGUUAUAUCGACAACUGGAAACGUGAAACCACCCAGUUUUCAAUACAGCAAUUCAUUGAAUAUCAGCUAUACAAUUAACUUCAACCCUUCUCCUGGUUUUAAGUUUGGUAGUGAGGUCUCCGCGACAGAAGUUAAAAUUAGUGCUGAAGGAUUGUACAAUAAGAAUACUGGAGUUAUGUGUCUGAUAGGUUGUCGACAUUUGAGAACACAUGACAAAAUACUGAUAAAGGACAAGUCUCUGGACUGUGAAAUCACGGUUAAUAUCCAGUUUCCUCCACUGAAUGCUGAUGUCCAGAAUCCAACGUUGAAUGCAAAAGGAGUAGAAUAUAUUAAAGGGACUAUAGAAAGCACGCGACAAAAGACAGACCCUUAUUAUUUUGAGCCCCUUCAGUUGUCUUCAUAUUCUAUUUACACUGACCAAGCAGGUGCAGCCAUUUGGAGAAUGGACUUUGAGAUAAUUAUGGUAUUGAUAUCAAACACACUUGCUUGUGUAUUUGUAGGAUUGCAACUCCUCCAUGUGAAAAAGCAUUCAGAAGUACUUCCUCACAUUUCCAUUUUGAUGCUUCUUGUUAUUACUCUAGGUCACAUGAUUCCUCUGGUGCUGAACUUUGAAGCCUUAUUCAAGGUGAAUCACAGUGCGCAGGGUUCUUUUCUUGGGAGUGGAGGCUGGCUUGAAGUAAAUGAAGUAGUUGUGAGGAUGGUGACAAUGGUAGCUUUUCUUCUAGAGUUGCGUCUUGUCCAAUUGACCUGGUCUUCAAGACAGAGUGAGGAAAGUCAGACAGGUUUGUGGGUUUCUGAAAAAAAGGUUCUUUAUAUGACUCUACCAUUGUAUCUUGUUGGUGGAUUGACUGCGUGGUUUGUGCACAUAUGGAAGAAUUCUCGCCAGAAAAACUCUCGACCUUUCCGUCUUUCACGCCACAGAUUUAAGUUUCCUCGUCAACAUUUUUAUCAACUUCCUUCACUCUGGGAAGAUUCCAAAUCUUAUGCUGGUUUACUCUGGGAUGGAUUUCUGAUCCCACAAAUUCUGUUUAACAUAGUGUCAAACUCAGAAGGAAAGGCUUUGGCAUCUUCUUUUUAUUUUGGAACAACCAUUGUUCGUAUACUUCCCCAUGCAUAUGAUCUUUAUAGAGCCCACAAUUCUGCACGGUACCUUGAUUUAUCAUACAUAUACGCAGACCCUAGAAUGGAUUUUUAUUCCACUGCUUGGGAUAUUAUAAUUCCAAUUGGUGCUCUUUUAUUUGCAUUCCUCGUAUACUUUCAACAAAGAUUUGGCAGCCGCUGCAUUCUUCCAAAGAGGUUCAGAGAAAUUUCUGCCUAUGAGAAAGUACCUGUUAUUGGUAAUGACGAAUUGUGAUAGCAUAAUGUUGAUUGCAUUUUAUAAAAUGAUUCUUUUUGAUAAUGUUGAGCAUUGGAAAACACUUGUUGAAAUGGCAGAUAUACAGUUCACGAUAAAAGAGUAUAGGAUUUUGCGCAUAUCAGGAAACCCUGUGCUACCAUUUAGCACCUUUUGUAUAAUGUUUUGUUUCUACUGAUUUUUCUUUUUAAAGGGAAAGCCACAUGCUGAGGACUUGUUAUUUCUGCUUCCAGCAUAUUAGUUUUGCCCAAAGUUCCCUCCUACAAAACUUGAGGAGUAUUUAACAAAUUACACUGUCAACUUGUAAAAGAAAAAUCAAAUUACACUAUAUCAGUUUGCCAAUUUA